AUGGGGGCCGAUGAAACUCCAACACCACCUCGUGUCAGCACUAAAGGAUCAUGCUCUGCUGUAGACUCCACUCACUAUAGCGGUCAAUAUGAGUUGUUGAUCACACGUCCUCAGAAGCAGCCAAUUCAUGAUACAGUCAUACAUGAAGAUGAUGAGAUGGCUGAAGCGGAGGAUGAUCCUAUAUCAAAGUUAGUGACAAAAUUACCAAGAUUGAAGAAAGCAUCAUUAGAACUAUACUGGGAUUUGAGGGUAUUUGGUCUUCCCCCACAUGUGCCAGUUUAUAUCACAUUUUCUGAUGCAUUGGAGGUGAUUGGGGGAGACAGGAUGUUGAAUAUUUCCAUCAUUCAGCUGUGGUGCAUGUACAUGGACACAAUCGUUGUAGACCAAGGUCGGUCUUCCAUGUACGGAUUUGUUGAACCUCAGACCAUUCAACCGUCUGGUAACACACUUCAAAACAGACAAGAUUAUUUGCAAACAUGGAUGGAUGAGUCAAAAAGAGACAUAUACCUUGUGCCAUACAUUGACGGGUCGCACUGGCAGCUGAUGGUCAUCAUUCCCAAACAAUGUAAAAUUAUAUUUUUUUGUUCGUUGCACAGGAGGAUGAAAAAUGAGUUGAGAACCAUGCUUCAAGGAGUUAUUGGUAAAUCUCGUGGUCAGCUGGUUCAAAUUUUGUAUCCAAAGUGUAACCAGCAGCUAGAUUCAUGGGAAUGUGGCUUCUAUGUGAUGUGUUGGAUUAAGACCAUCAUUCGAGCAGUCAUUACAGAUGACUGGAAUGAGCGCUUCAAGACUACAACACCUAUUACAGAAGACACAAUUAAACAGAUAAGGCAGGAGUGGACCGCUUAUCUUUUGCAAAGAUGGAGUUAGGAAUAGUUAUAUUUCUUGUUGAACAUUGUUUAGUUUUAGUUUAUGUUUUAUGUUGAUAGUUUGGUAGUGGAUUGAAUUCCACAUUAAGUAGAACUUUGUUUAUAUAUAAAACUCAU